AUGCCACCCGGCAGCAACGCCUACGCCUCGUCCGCCCAGCACAGGAGCAAGCGGCCAUACCAACCGCCCAUCACCAGCUUCUUCACGUCCUACGACUUUGGGCACUCUUCAGAUAGCGACAGCGAGCGGGGGCCUGGCCCGAACACCCGAAAGCGGAUCAGCGCUAGUGGAGCAAAGCAUCAACAUCAACAUCAACAACACCCCCACCAGCUCCCAGGGAGCGUACAGUCUGAUCUGCUGAGCGUCGGAAUGCGUGUGCGGAAAAGCGUGCCUGAGGGCUACAAGACACACAAGACCCUGUCGCUCCCCUCCAUCCAGACCACCCUGACAAUGUCCCCGAACGGCGCCUCGACCACCACUAUGACCACCAUCAAGGAAUACAGCGUCAAGCCGCCUCGCGAACCCGUACCUGCGCACGUCCAGCAUCAGCGCGAGCUACUGCCCUUCUGCGGCCUGCAAAAGAUCGGUGGAUAUGCCGAACAGCCUGUCACCAAUGUGCAUCUUUAUGGCGGAGCCGAUGCUUCGGGGGAGCGUGCGCUAAACAUCUUUCCUUUGCCCGCCGAAGCAUUCUCGCAACCCUUUAGCUCCCAGUCUUCAACCUCCUCAUCUAUCUCGAAUGCCUCACUGCACGCACCCAACCCUGCCAACCUGCACAAGCGCUCCUGGCAGGAUGAAGAAGAAGCCCCCGCUCGCCUGAGCUCAAAUUUUCUGUUCAAGAUACCCAUGAAGGUGUCAGAGGACGAGGUGCCUAUCUCACCGUUGUCAGCAACUCCUUCUAAUGGCUUCCCGCAAGCACCAAUGCGGCCGUUCGCGCAGCCCAAGGCAAGAAGAUCGGGGUUGAGAGCAAUGGACGUUGAUGGCAUUGUCGUCAAGGAGAUGGAUAUGGAUAUGGAUCUCGAGAACGCCGAUCAGACUGAAGAUCGAGUGGUUGUCGGAAGCCCUGGCGACUUCGACGAGGCUGAAUUUCUGCAGCCGUGGGGUACUGGACGGGAAGUCCGCAUGAGUGGGAUAUGA